AGUUUUUUUUUAAGCACUCUUGAGGAGAAGUCUUGUGUUUAAAAAGAUAACAUUGAAAUGCGUUGAGAGCAGACGCAGAGUCAGUUGCCAGCGGAAGUUUAAAUAACAAGGCUUCUAGAAGGUCAACAAAUAUCUCUCUACUGAGGGGAUACAUCCACACGAUGGCUACUUCAUGGCCGCAGAGUCUCAGGAAGUACGUCUUUCAAGUGUAUCUUCUAUUGUGGUCUUCCUUAAAUGUAACUGCCCAAUGUCCAUCAGGAUGUAGUGAAUGUGUGCCAGGAAGUACUGCAGUCUGUGAGUCAGUCUGUCCAAAUAAGCUCAGUUUACCAACAGAUAUAACAACGUAUGUCCAAACAGGAAAUAGUACUUGUGAUUCUUUUGGGAGACAAUGGGCACUUAGAACUGAAAAUUUUAUCAAUUACACCAAGCUGGAAAACAUAAGUAUUACCUAUUCCAAUGUGGCUGCCAUACACCCAACACAGCCUCCGUUCAGGCAUUUGACAAAUUUCAGAGCUCUUUCAUUAGCACACAAUAUUUUCAGGGGUUUCAGCAAAACUUUAUUAUUAGGACUGACCAAAUUAGAAGAACUAGACUUAAGUUACAACUUGAUAGGAGCGUUGUUAAAUCAAUCAAUGGUGACAUUAACAUCAUUACACACUUUGAACCUGGAUCACAAUCGCCUGAGUCAAUUAAAUAAAGAAUCAUUUCAAGGACUUGUAAGUCUCAAAACAUUGAUUCUGUCUAACAACCCUCUCAUCUCAUUGGAUCCAGAUUUAUUUCAGCCACUGACUAAUAUUGAAAACAUUUAUUUGCAUAAUGUCAACAUCCAAACUAUACCAUCCGGUUUAUUAACUCAUCUGACAGCUCUCAGAAACCUUGAUCUUUCCAAUAAUUCUUUGUCCGCUAUAAGUGAUGACAGUUUUGAUGGGACAUCGUUGGAUGAUUUAGAUCUAUCCUCUAAUCAACUGACAUCAGUUCCAACAGCAGCCAUGAAGCGAUGCAACAAACAACCAACACAACUUUCACUGGCCCACAACCAAAUUUCAAGUCUUUCUAACUCUGACAUCAAAGAUUUGACAAUAGCAACUUUAGAUCUUAGUCACAAUCAAAUCAAUCAGAUUCCAAGAGACUUGUUUCAAAAUGUUAAAAUAAUAGAUAUAAAUCUCAGCGGUAAUCCAAUAGAUAAGAUUGAAGACAACACACUUAAUGGCCUCCAAAUGUCCAGUCUUGACCUUAGCAACACUAGACUAGUGUCUCUGCCUAGGACAACAGAGACCUGGUUGUCCACUACAUCGACCAAAGUCAACCUCAACAACACUAACUGGCAAUGUGACUGUGACACUCUUUGGUUGGCCGAACUCUUGACCACUCACACAAACAUAGUCUCACCGACAUGUGGAGUCAGCACCAAGUAUUCUGGUCAGCUCUUGUCCACUGCAGCAAAUCAGAUAAGAACAGACUGUAUAACGACUACAACACAAUCAACAACAACGAUCAGUCAUUGUCCAGCCAACUGUACACAGUGUGAUCCUGGAGGCACUGCAGUAUGUAGUACAAUUUGUGUAUCUGAAACCAAUCUACCAAAAGACAUAACAACAUACAUACAAACAGGAAGUGGUACAUGUAAUGGAGUAGGCAAAUCUUGGAUACUUCGAACAGAAAAUUUUAUCAAUUACACAAAACUUGAAAAUAUCAGUCUGACAAACGCUAAUGUGGCCAACUAUCACCCAAGAGAUCAUCCUUUUGAACAUUUAGGAAACAUUUUAAAAUCGUUGUCACUUGCUCAUAACAGAAUUUUAACGAAUGGAAGAAAUUUAGAAAAUUUAACCAAGUUAGAAGAAUUGGAUCUAAGUUAUAACAACAUUUCGGGAAUGUUAAACAAUUCAUUGUCAAAUCUUAGUCUAUUAAAAACUCUUAACUUUGAACACAAUCAAAUUAAACAUUUAUAUAAGGAAACCUUCACUGGACUAGACAGCUUACAAACACUUGUAUUGUCACACAAUCCUCUAGAAUCUAUAGACAGAGACACAUUUAAGCCGCUUACCAAAAUUGAAACUGUGAAAUUAGAAGAUGUACAAAUGAAUGACAUUGAUCCAAAUUGGUUCGCUCAACACAAGACAUUGAGGAAUAUUGAUCUUUCACACAAUUUCCUCAAGUCAAUUGAUGAGAGAAAUUUUCUGAUGACGUUUUUAGAAGACCUGGACUUGUCUUACAAUAAUUUGACGUCAGUACCUACAGCAGCAAUCAAACGAUGUACUAAGCAACCAACAAGACUUUCAUUAGCCCACAAUCAAAUUCCAAAUAUUUCCAACGCUGAUAUCGUUGACUUUACUGUGGAAACUUUAGAUCUUAGUGACAAUCAAAUCAAUCAGAUUCCAAAGGAUCUAUUUCAAAAUGUAAGAAUAGAAAGUGUCAAUCUAAGCGGUAAUCCGAUUGAUAAAAUAGAAGACGGCACAUUUGAUGGACUCCAGCUGUUGAACCUUGACCUUAGCAACACCAGACUCGUGUCUUUACCUAGAUCAACAGAAAAGUCGUUGUCCACCACCUCCACCAGAAUCAAUCUCAACAACACUAACUGGCAAUGUGACUGUGACACUCUUUGGUUGGCCGAACUCUUGGCUACUCAAUUAAACAUAGUCUCACCGACAUGUGGAGUGAACACAAUGUAUUCUGGUCAGCUCUUGUCCACUGCAGCAGGUCAGUUGAGACUUGGCUGUAGACCAACAUCGCCACCCAACACACCCACUAUUACCACUCAGACAACGUCAUCAGCGCCAUCUACAACAUCGAAGACGAGCCCACCCAAAGCGAACUGUGCUUGUGAUACGAAAACGGCGUCGACCAAGGCGAGUGAAAGUACCACGGUCACCACAACGACUACCACAGCGGGAGACGUGACCACUACAACGUUCACCGUCACCACGUCCACCCAGCGAGCCAUCACCACCACCGUAAUUACCACAACCGCGCCAGCCUCAGCUCACACGCCGACCACCAGCGUGAGUACCAGCACGACAUCAACGCUGGAUCUCAGCCAGAAGAACUGCCACCCGUGACACAGCAUUCAAACAUGGCAAGACUCCGUCGUCACUACAUCCGCACAACCAGAGCGAUGGUAUGUUACAUUCUUAGACUGGGCACCUUUUUUUUUCUAUUCUAAUUUUUCCUUUAGCCUACACUUGAAAUAAUUUUAUGUUAAUAAAGUUAGCACUUGCGUCAAAUUUUGGUAUUCUGUAUACUUCUAUUUCUUAUUUCGUUUUUUUUCCCUAUGUUUAAGUUUUGCUUUUAUUUUCUCGCUUCGUUGAUAAUUCGAUGAAGGCAGUAGCUAAAUAAAUGUAUAUCUUGUACCUGUGUCUGCUUUUGUUUUAUUGAAAUACAAAAUGUGUUCGCUAUGGACUAUGUCGUCUCUCGCUAGACAUAAAUAAAAGUAGAUGUACAAAAUAAGUUAUACUUGUGUCGGUCUAUAUUCAGAGAAAUAUAUAUCAAUGUGUUUUGUAUCUUCGUGUGUGUGAGUAGGACUGACGUCUGGGACGUCUGUCUGAGUAACUGUGUAUAUCUUUGCGAGUUUUAUGUACAUAUAAACGUUUUUUCUUAUAUAGGAAUCUUUGAAAGAUAAAAACAUCUAGUACAUGCAUCUUUGAAUUGUUAGCUGCUCAAUGUUAAAUCUAGCACAUGCAUCUUUGAAUUGUUAGCUUCUAAAUGUUAAAUCUAGCACAUGCAUCUUUGAAUUGUUAGCUUCUAAAUGUUAAAUCUAGCACAUGCAUCUUUGAAUUGUUAGCUUCUAAAUGUUAAAUCUAGCACAUGCAUCUUUGAAUUGUUAGCUUCUAAAUGUUAAAUCUAGCACAUGCAUCUUUGAAUUGUUAGCUUCUAAAUGUUAAAUGACAGAGUUUUUGAUGGCGAAACAUACAAUCGUCAUAUAUAUAUAUA